AUGUCGUCCGCGCAGACAUACCGAUGCCUAUCAUGCCGGCUGAAGCCGACCGUCACCCAAACAGCCAACAAUGCCCGACGAUCAUUCCACAGCUCGCCCGCGAACGAGGCACGAAAACGAGCGACCAGACGAGGCGCAUUCCCAAAGACCAAAUCGCUAGCAUCCCAUCUCCGGCCAUACACAGCACGCGAACAGCAGAUCCUGGCCCGGCGAUACACCCCGGAACAGAUGAACGCCAUCAAGCUGGGAGAAAAGGCCGUUUCUGCCAAGGACAUGAAGUUGCAAGGUCGCUUCCGCACAGAUCCCACCCGAAUCGACUACAUCGAUGACUUUGCAAGUGCGCGACCAGCUCUGGAUAACGCGACACCGAACGAUGCACCACUCAAAGUUGGCGCCAACGAGACGGAACGCUCACACCGUAUGGAGAGGAAGGGCAAGCCACCUAGAAGGCAAGACACGGAAGAGCUAGACCCGCAUAUGCUGCGGCUGUCACAGCAGACCGGCUUAGACAAGGACCAGAUCCGCAAGAUCAGAGUCAAGAAUUUGAUCACGCAUCGUGUGGUGAAUCAAACACGCAUGGGCAAGAUUCAGUCGUUGUACUUUUUGACGAUCGCGGGCAACCAGAAUGGCAUGGUUGGUGUUGGGGAGGGUAAGGCGGCGGAAGACGAAGAUGGAAGGCGGCAGGCUAUGAUGAAUGCUAUCAGGAAUAUGAAGCCGAUUCCGAGGUAUGAGGAUCGGACUAUCUAUGGAGAGGUUGAGGCGAAGGUUGGAGCCAGUAUUGUGAGGCUCAGCUCGAGGCCGCCAGGCUUCGGCAACCGCUGCCAGCAUCUCAUCUUCGAGCUUGCGCGCGCUGCUGGCAUUACCGACCUUGCUGCACGAACACCCCGGUCGCGAAACAAGAUGAAUGUUGUCAAGGCAGCUUUCCAGGCAUUGACGAACCAGCGUCUGCCAGAUGACAUCGCACGAGCAAGAGGCAGGAAGCUGGUUGAUGUAAGAGGUGUAUACUAUGGCGGACUCGUACACUGA